GCCCUAGCCGCGCCUUGUCGUAGAGCCGUCUCGCGUGCAAGCACAGUACUGAUUCGGGCACAACGCACAGCAGAGGAGUACGCAGUCGCCCUGCGCUCGUCCCUAGACGAGAAUGACUGGACCAAGACGUUUGAGCUCAUGACGGAGCUGACCGUGCUCAAGGUGGAUGUGCCGCUGGCUGCCCAAGAGGUGGCGGUGGUCUCAUAUGCACGCGGCGGGCAGUGGCAGCGCGCGGAGGCGCUGUACAAGCUGCUGCAGGGGCGCGGCCACGUGGCCGCCGGCGCCACCACACAGGAGCUGGUGAGCGCGCUGGCGGCUGCGGGCAAGGGCGGCGAGGCGGCGGCGCUGCUGGCGGCGGCGGCGGCGCAGGCGGGCGCGGACGCGGGCGCGCUGGCGCCGGCACACUGCGUGGUGGCGCGCGCCCUGGCCCGACAAGGCCAGCUGUCGGAGGCGUAUGCGAUGCUGAACCGCAUGAUGCGCGAGGAAAUGCGCAUCGACCCGGGGACGUUCUCGUCUGUGGCUGCCAGCUGCAUGGACCACGGCGAAACCGCCCUGGCGGAGGAAGUGCUGGAGAUGAGGGACUACCUGUGAGCGCCGCGCACACAAGGCACUUGCUUGUAGGGAAAUAGAUAGCGGGGCACUGCGUUUGUGCAUAUGUACCGGAGGGAGGCGACAGCUGCCUGCAGCGCAAAAGGCGGUGGGGCGGGGCACGGUGCUCGGGGCGCGCUUUGGUGGAUUGGGGUCUUGGGGUGUGCGCUUGAUGCUGCUGGUGACUUGGACUUGGCGCGGCAUGGUGUUGGGCUGGCGUGCGCUUGUGCACCUCGCUGUGGCGACGAUGCCCGGGGCCAGCGCGCUGGUCGUGUGGCUUGCGGCUGAUGCGCUGCGCCAUGAGCAGCUGAAACGGACAUGACUGAACGGCCAGGAAAGGCCGUAUGCCCUUUGCGUUUGGGUGUUUUGGGUCUAAAGCCGAUGACUUGCGAUCAGAGGUGGCUGAGCACCGUUCGCUUGACUGCACUGAGGGCGCUGCAGUCAGCUGCCCCUUAACUGAAUGGAAACUGG